AUGGCUCUCGGGCACUUCACGUUCCUUAGCGCUUUUCUAGCUUUGUCCACCGCCUGCGUUCGCGCGAAUUUGGUUUCCGACUUGCUUUGGGGUCUCAAUGUUACGGUUGGGGGCCGGCUGAGCGAAGCCAAACCUGUCGCUCUGCCGUGCUUCCACUAUUACGAGGGACAAGCGGUCCAGAGAAACGAUGGUGAAUGUGCGCAGGUGGAAGCCGGUUAUACGUCCCCCACCUACCGCGUUUCUAGAUUUAACGACUACAUGAUGUCGCACUGGGAAACUUGCCAAAGCACAUCUGAGCAAUGUGUCCUGGACUCCAGCAAUCCUUCCAACCCCCAAGCGUGGCAAGAAUUCAAUUGUUCGCAAGGGAGCAUUGCCCCGCACUACAUCGACGUCCGGUACCCUACCGAUGUCCUAGCUGCCUAUACGUUCUCCGCGGCAACCGGAACCCCACUGGUUAUCAAGAAUACUGGACACGACUACAAGGGCCGCUCGAGUCAGAAAGGCGCUCUCGCAUUAUGGACUCAUAAUCUCCAAAGCAUCUCGUGGUCGAAGACGUUCGUGCCGCAGGGUUGCCCCAAAUCCAAGCAGUACGCCGCUAUGACAACCGGCGCGGGCGUGGGAUGGCAAACUGCGUAUGAGUAUGCUGAUGCCAACAACUUCACUGUAAUCGGGGGCUACCAUCAAACUGUCGGAGUUAGCGGUGGAUGGGUCAUGGGCGGCGGUCAUUCAAUCUUAACACCGGUCUACGGAUUGGGAGUUGAUCGAGUGGUUCAGUUCAAGAUCGUUACGCCCGACGGUAUCUACCGCACCGCCAACGAGUGCCAGAACACAGAUUUGUUCUGGGCAUUGCGAGGUGGUGGAGGUGGUACCUUCGGUGUCGUGAUGGAGACAACGUCCAUUGUCGAACCCCAUCCCCUAUUCUCUAGUGCUUCCAUGAAAUUCACCGCUACCGCGAACAACACUCAAGGUUGGUUGAGUAUCGUUGUGAACAGUACCUAUAAGUGGGGCACGGAGGGCUGGGGUGGACAUAUUGGACCCUCGAACCUGAUCAACGUGACUCCCCUUCUUACUCUUGACGAAGCGAAGGACUCGUUAAAGGAGGCUUCCGACUAUGUUACGUCUCAGGGAGGGACGGUCGUUAUUGAGACCUUGCCUUCGUGGUGGGCGUUCUUCUCCAAAUAUGUCAUCUCUGCCCAGAGUGCUGUCGGCCAAGACUAUUUGCUCGGGAGUCGCCUGAUGCCCUCUGCGCUCUUUCAGAGCGACGACGGGAAGCAGAAAAUACUAGACGCCCUCGUCGACAUGCUUCCGGUCGCGAACCCGUACAUUGUUGUAGGCACACCCUUUUUGUACAAUGAGACUGCCGGCGCGACCAGCGUAAACCCUGUCUGGUACGACUCCCUGUGGCAUUUAUCCUUCCAUACCGCCUUCGAGUUUGACAGUACCCUUGAAGAGAAGAAGGCGGCCUAUCAGGCGGGCAACGACAUUGUCAAGACCUUCCGUGCCAUCGCCCCCGAUUCCGGCGCCUACAUGAAUGAGGGUCUUGUCUAUGAACCCGACUACCAGCAAUCCUACUGGGGUUCCAACUACGAUCGGCUGCUCUCCAUCAAGAAGAAAUACGAUCCUUUCGGAAUCCUUGAUUGCUGGCAAUGUGGUAAGUGUAUCGUAACAUACGCCGAGGCUUGA